AUGGGAGAAAAUGCAGAUCACCACUACAUUGGGAUGAGAAUCGGCAAGGGAGAAAAACUAAGACCUCGUUACAUCGGGCCCUUUGAUAUUCUAGAGAGAGUUGGUGAAGUAGCAUAUCGGUUAGCAUUGCCGCCGAGCUUGACUUCGAUACAUAACGUCUUCUAUGUCUCAUCCUUGAGGAAAUACGUCCACAACCCGGACAACAUUGUGAAUCAUGUGGAGCUGGAGCUUGAUAAGGACUUAACUUCUGAGGAGCACCCGACAACCAUUUUGGAUAGGAAGGUUCACGUGUUAAGAAAUAAAGAGAUCCCCCUAGUCAAAGUCCAGUGGAGUAGGCAUGAUCACAGUGAGGCUACAUGGGAAAAGGAAGAGGACAUUAGAUCUAAAUACCCUCACUUAUUUGACUCAGACUCAGGGGAUGACUCAGGCGAUGAGAGGCAGGGCGAGUGA